CCGUCUCAUAUCACGACAGUGAACCAAGCUAAGAAGAAGAUGAAGCCCAAAUCUAGAGGGUUUUUGUCUCUUGCUGAAGAGCUCCAAUCUUAUAUUCUGAGCUUCCUUCCUUACCAAGAUAUUCUGCGCUGUACAUCCGUAUGCAAGGCGCUUCGCCAGACGUACAUAUCCUCCUCCGAGCUUCAGUACAUCACUGAGCUCGGUGGCCAGCAAUUGCUCCCUGUCCCCGACACGGAGCUCGACAACCACACUUCUAUUUCCAAGCGCCUACAACUUCUGCGGGACAAAGCCCACGCAUGGUUCAAAUUUGACAUCCACUCUUUCGAAACAGUUUCUAUACCAGAACAAUUCCACGAUGCGAAGACAUCUCUCGCCGACGGGCAUCUUUGCUCGUUCAACGAAGAUGAACAGUCAGCUAAGAUAUUCCCAAUACUGCCAAAACCCUCACAACACAAGAUCGAGCGUGACUGGUCUCCGGGAUCACUGUGUUCAAUUCCCAAUACGGAGAGCAUCGAGGUGUUUAUGGACCCAGCGCAAAACCUGAUUGCCAUUGCAUGUAUAAUUGCUGAUGAAACCCUUCGGACGGAUGACAAGAGGUUUUGCAUCGACCUUGGAGUCCUGGAUGGAGAUGGAAUCCACCCCGAAGCCGCUGGAAAGACGCUGUUUCUGUCUAGGCUUCCUAAAUGCGAGGACGGCCUCUAUACAAUAGAAAAUUGGAAGCUUGAGGGUUUUGGGAAACAUAUCGCUUUCCGGCGCUCCCUGCUAGUUCAUGAAGGCGGCUAUAAAUUCGGCGAGGAGAUAUGGUUUUUGCAAAUUUGGGACUGGAAAAACUCGACAACGUCCAAUUGCGUUCUCAGUGACACAAUAAUAAACCCAGAGGUCGGAGAGUCACUUGAUUUUUGUUUCCUAGGAAACGAUAGACUGCUGAUUGUCAGCAAGGAAUUGAAGCUCUAUUCAAUAGAGGAUUUGUCACAGGCGCCACAACUGCUGGCCUGCUUCCUGAUGCCUGUAUCAGUGACUGGCAUACAGUGCCUCCUUCCGAUGGAUGACAUUGCACAUAGCUCACCACUGCAGAUGCAGGCCCAGCGAACAAUGUGGACCUCGGACCCUAAAAAUCGAAUACUAUCCCUUAUCACACGCAUUCAUGAUGCCUGGGACUCAUUUACAUUCGUCAUUUCCACGAGGAUUUUCUUCGAUCCCCAAGCUGGCGUCUUUGAAGGAAAGGCAGCAAUCCCAUGGCAAAGUUGGGGCCCUCUAAAUGCUCGUGUUUUCGUGCACCACUGGCGGUCAAGAGUUGGUGUUAGCGGGAAUCGAGUAUUACAGGCAUUUACUGCAACAGACCCGACAGCGGAAGAGGACUUGGAUGACAUGGAUUAUCGGUUAUAUAUGAUGGACUUCAGCCCAUUAGCUGUUGAGCGCCGGCAGGGUCUAGGAAGAGUGGUCACAGAACCAUCUGUAAUAGAAAUCACUGAGUCAGGAGAGACGUUGACGUCGUCCCUGCCUUACGUCGAGAUCGUGUCGGACAGAAUAUUUUCUGCCGAGCAGGUGACAGACAUAUGGGUCGAUAAGGACAGGAUUUAUUUGCCCAAGCCGAAUAUAGAGGACCCCGAUAGCGUAGGCUCUGCGUUUUCGACGAAGUCUGACAUACUGAUUUUUGUCCAGGAUAGCAUAGGUCAGCUUGAAGUUAUUGAGAUUUAGAGUGGGGCCUGUACGUCCUGAGGCCUGAGGCUGAAGAGCUAUAGAGGCACACGAUCAUAUGUCACAGCCUCACAGGGGUACAUAUUUUGGAGGUGCAUCGUCCAUCCGUAACGCGAACCAAGUGGCAACUGAUGACGACAGGGGGAUGUAUGGAGAACUCAUCAGCACAAAAGCAUCCAAGGCAUUGAUCCAACGUUGAUCCGUGUGUUGAGGGAUUUAUGUGUUGUUGUAUACGUAUAAAUUUAUUUUGUAGUGUCAGGCUUCCUUUGGUGAUCUUCAUCGACGCAUGUAACAUUAUAACACACCAAGAAAGUUCUCGCUUGUAGGAAUCAGUACCACCGUG